AUGUCUCAAUACGGCGCCUGCUGCAAUCCGGAAGCCAAUUUCCCCGAUCCAAACCGCCGUACCGGAAGUGCUGGCCGGCCCAUUACCAGCAAUCGCGACCGGCAGUACCGCCGAUCUCGAUUCUUCUCGCCUCGUCUGCUACGCGUGUCCGAGGUGCUGCAGAACCCCAUGUCCAUCAGCCUUCGCGAAAUUAUAGCCACCGUCUUUGUCGUCUUCUCCCUGUACCAUGCCUAUCUCGCUGGCGGGCACAUGUACGAGAUUCUCGCGCUGCGCGAUGUCGGCGUCGUGUGCAAUGGCGCCUCGGCGAUGCAGUGUCUGCGCUAUCACGCGAGUCUGUGUCUGGGCUUGACGUUUGGCUGGGCCGCCAACGUGGUGCCGUGGGGGAUUCUCGCCGUCGUCGCGGCCUUUAUUGGAGAGGAGCUCUUGCGAGCAGUACGACGAAAUGUGAAAUGA